CUUCAGCGAGCGAAUAUGGUGUCUUCCUGUGAGCGGGAAUUUCAGCAGUGGUCCCUGAAGAUGGCCGGCGACCCAGAGUCUGGGGACGAGGAGCUGAGCCGCCUGAAGGAGGAGAACGAGAAACUCCGCUCGCUGACAUUCAGUCUGGCAGAGAAGGACAUUCUGGAGCAGAACCUGGACGAGGCCCUGGAGAGCAAGCAGGAGCUGGUAAACCGCAUCCACUCAUUGCGGGAGCGGGCUGUGAACGCAGAGAAGCAGCAGAAGCAGUACCUUAAGGAGAAAGAACAGACCCUGCUCCAGUUCUGGAAGACCCAGAUGGACUGCGAGCUGUACAGGGAGAAGAUGACCAUGCUGCAGGGCCAAGUGACGGAGCUGCAGAAGGAGCGUGACCAGUCGUACUCUGCGCGGGACGGGGCCCAGAUGGAGCUCUCUCGGAGCCUGAUGGAGAAGGACUCUCUCCGCAGAAGAGUGUUCGAGCUGACCGAGCAAGUCUGCGAACUGCGCACUCAGCUGCAAAAACUGCAGGCGGAGCCCCCCGCGGGGCCCAAGCAGGAAGCCGGGGCCAAAGAGCCCUGUCUGCGGAGGAAGCAGCAGCUUGUUCGAAUGCAUGCCAUGUGCCCGCGGGAUGACAGCGACAGCAGCGUCCUCAGCUCCUCAGAAUCCCAGCUCUGGUGGGACCUGAGCUCCACAUCCAGCCGAGAGUUGGUGGACAGCUUCCGCUCCAGCAGCCCCAUGCCCCCCAGCCAGCAGUCCCUGUAUAAGCGAGUGGCAGAGGACUUCCAGGAAGACCCUGAGUCUGGAAGAUUUCCAGAAAUCCUGGAGGUAGACCUGGGAGCCUCUCCAGGGGCCAAGGAUGAUGAAGACCUGGAUUACGAGGUCCUAGACAAGGCAGACUUCCCCCACCCAGAGGGCAGCCCCCAGGAGUCCAUCAGAAGCCUCGAUGUCUCUGAAAGCGGUGUCCCUGUGCGGCGGAGGCCGGCAGCACGCAAGAUCCUGGGUCAGGUCACAGUGCUGGCCUUCCAGGGGGCCGCAUUGCUGGAGCAGAUGAGCAUUGUUGGUGGGAACCUCACCGGUAUCUUCGUUCACCUGGUCACCCCGGGCUCGGCGGCAGACGAGAUGGCCUUGCGCCCCGGCACUCAGAUUGUGAUGGUUGACCAUGAGGCGACGGAGCCCGUGUUCAAGGCCACCCUGGAGAACACAACCCUGGAGCAGGCCAUCAGCCUCCUCGGGAGGGUGAACGGCUUCUGCUGCCUGUCUGUGAAGGUCAACACCGACGGUUAUAAGAAACUAGUUCAGGACCUGGAAGCCAAAGUGGCGACCUCAGGGGACUCUUUCUACAUCCGGGUCAACCUGGCCUUGCAGGGGAAGGAGGAAGGGGAGUUGCAGGUACAUUGCAAUGACAUCCUGCAUGUCACCAACACCAUGUUCCAGGGCCGAGGCUGCUGGCGGGCACACCACAUAAACCCCUACACCAUGCGGGACACAGAGCAUGGCACCAUUCCCAACUACCCACGGGCUCAGCAGCAGCUCCUCGCCCUCAUCCAGGACAUAGCUCAGCGAUGCACCAUGGCCCAAAAGUCUCCUGGAGGACAGAAGUUGGUCCGCAUUGUCAGUGUGGACAAAGCCAAGGCCAGUCCUUUGUGCUCAUCCUUUGACAAGGGCCAACUGGACCCCAGCAGGGUGGAAGAUGGUGCCAGCACAUGCUUCUGGGCCGAGAGCUGCUUCACCCUGGUGCCCUACACCCUGGCACACCCCCACAGGCCCGUCCGGCCCCGGCCUGUGCUCUUCGUGCCCAGGGUGGUUGGGAAGCUCCUGAGCAAAAAGCUGUGCCUCCUUCCAGGAUUUAAGAAGUGCCCAGCAGAGUACUUGAGCCAAGAGGAGUAUGACACCUGGAGCCAGAGAGGGGAUAUCAUCCAGGAGGGAGAAGCGUCAAGUGGCCUCUGCUGGGUGACCCGCCAAGCUGUAGAGUCCCUCAUGGAGAUGAAUGUCCACGCCUUCCUGGACAUCCGGCUGGACAGUGUCUGUGUCCUGCACAGGAUGGAUAUUUUCCCCAUCAUCAUCCAUGUCUCUGUCAAUGAGAAGACAGCGAAGAAACUCAAGAAGCGCCUGCAGCGGCUCCACACCUCGGAGGAGCAGCUCCUGGAGGCGGCCAGGCAGGAGGAUGGAGAACUGGACAAAGUCCCCUGUCUGUACAGCAGCCUGGCCCCCGAUAGCUGGAGUGACCUAGACAGCUUGCUCAGCUGUGUCCGCCUGGCCAUUGCAGAUGAGCAGAAGAAAGUGGUGUGGACAGAGCAGAGCCCCUGCUGAAGCACUUUCGCCCCUCCAGGGGCUGUGGGGACUUCCAUGUGCCUGCUAAUGCUACCUUGUCCUUUGAGCUCAGGGCCUUGGGCACAGCCGGUGCUGCUCAGCACACAGACCCCACCGUUCCUUCUCUGGUUGGGGUCUAACCUUGCACCCUCUUCAUGUGCAGGUGACAAAUGGCAAAGUCACCACAGCUGCUCACUUUUCUGCGUAAACUAUCUCCACCCCUUGCCCAGUUGUAGUCUGGGCCCAGCAAGAAGCCCGAGAACAUUUCUGCAGUGUGUGAGGGGCCCAGACCUGGUGGAAACGUGGGGGCUGCCCAUUCUUACAUUUCAAGGUGUCAAAGGGUACUUUCCAAACUCUCCAGAGCACCUGCCCCUGCCCAGGGCAGAGGCACAGAACCCAUGCACUGUAGCCCUGGCUAAGCUUUCUCAGCUCCUGACAUCCGUGCUCUA